GCCCCUGUGUUGGAUGACAGCUAUCCGGCGCCGAAACACCGAUAGACGCUUAAACGAGAGAGCCAUGGCGGCCACGGGUGGAGGGAAAAUUAGAAGCAGGAGAUAUCACAUCGCUUCUAAACCUUACUCCAAGAGCAAACAGCAGCAGACAGGCAUCAUCAGUCGGGUGACAGACACAGUAAAGAGCAUCGUCCCCUCCUGGCUGCAGAAAUACUUCAAAAAUGAAGAAGCUACUGAAGGAGAGGGGGCUGCACAACAAGCAGACCAGAACUGUCAGCUGCCACCGCCACCUCCUCUUUCCCCUGCUAAUGGUAGUGAAGAGGGACCUCCUCUCCUUGAUGGUCGUGAAUCCCCGGAACCAAGCACCAGUAACACUGAACCCUCAACUAGCCGUGCAUCCCUGAACUUUCAGGAGUAUGUGCUUUCAAGGCCCCCUUUGAGUCGAUUCCACCUUCAUUUACCCCCUCUGGAUUCCUCUUCUCCAAAUCUGGGGGCUUCCAGUAGCCUCCUCUCUCAGCCCUCCACCUCCUCAGCCCCUGGACCUUUUUCUACGGGUUUCUCCUUGGUCAAAGAAAUCAAGGACAACCUCUCGCAGCAUGAAGAUGAUAACAUCUCCACCACGAGUGGUUUCUCCUCCCGUGCCUCUGAUAAAGAUGUCCCCACUUCUAAAACGGCAUCACUUCCUCAGCUUUGGUCCCCAGAGAUGGACAGGACAAACUCUGGGCCCCAGCCUUCCCAGUCAAGUCUGAAAAGGCCUGCUUUUAACCUAUCAGUUUUUGGAACAUCUUCUAAUUCGACAUUAAACAGCACAGCGCUAAACUCCAGCCAUCUUGGAGAUUCACCCUUCUACCCUGGGAAGACCACAUAUGGUGGGGCAGCUGCAGUCAGGAGCUCUCGCUCCCGCCCUGGAACACCAUAUCAGGCCCCAGUGAGGAGACAGAUCAAGGCAAAGCCUGCUGGAGCUCAGGCCUGUGGAGUGACUAGUGCCACAGCCAGACGCAUCCUGCAGUCUCUGGAGCGCAUGUCAAGCCCUCUGGCUGAUGCUAAGAGAAUCCCAGCAACAACCUCAUCUCCCAUGUCACCAUUGAUGGAUGGUACACAUUUAGAUACACCACAUUUCCAGUCCAAAAGGAAACGGAUGGAUUCGACCCUCCCACCUGUGCAGAAGCUGGUGGUUCCUUCUGCAGCCUCAGUGUCUGGAAACCGCUCUGUGUCCUUCAGGCCUACUUUGACUCCAGGAGGAGUGAGCAGAAGUCUGGACAGGACCCCAAGAGAGAUGCUGACAAGACAAUCACCUCAACUACCUAAAACAACUCCAGCUGCAUUUCAAAGCACAAUGGGUACUAGUGUCCUGGCCUAUCCUAUGUCCAGCACGCCUGCAGCCAGCAGUGUCUACUCUGGAGGAGGCAAGAUGAAGAGAGAGAGGACCAGUACACGACCCUCAAGCAAACGACCUGAAGAGGAUGAGGUGGUUGAGGUACCUGACCUUCCAGCCAUUUCACUUCCCAUCAGCCCCUCCACUUUGCCCACCUUCAGCUUCUCCUCACCUCUUCCCCCUGCCACCACCUCCACUGCCUCCAACGCCACCACCGUUAGUCCUGCUAAGAAAACAUUCACAAAUAAGGAGCCCCCAAUAGCUUCAACACCUCCAUGUGUACCUUUCACGUUUUCCUCCCCUAUUGUCAAAGCAACUGCUGCUAGCCCACCUUCCUUUUCCCCUUCAGCAGGAUUUACUUUCAGUGCACCUGUAGCAAAGUUAGGUUCCUUGAUGUCAAAUGGAAAGUUGGCCACUCCUAUAGCAGGAACUGUAAAACCUGCAGCAAACAUAAGCACAGAUGAUUUUGAAGGACCCUUUAAACCAGCUAAGGCCCUGAAGCAGGGCAGCGUGCUGGAUCUUCUCAAAGCACCUGGCUUUGCUUCCCCUGUUGCUCAGCCUUCCCCAAGCCCACAGAACUCUCCUCAGCAGACCCCUACCCAGUCCACUGCCUCCACCUCCACAACCACCCCCACCUUCUCUUCUUCAGCAGGGUUUGGCAGUAUGUUCAAAGCCCCACUAAACUGGAGCUGUAGUGUCUGCUUAGUACAAAACAAGCCAUCAGAUGCAAAGUGUGUGUGCUGUAUGGCUCCUCAGCCCAAUUCCUCCUCAUCAAAAUCUAUAAACAGUAAGCCUUCAACUACAACCUGGCUUGGGCCAGAGAGCAGCAGCACCACCACCAUCACCACUACAACCAAAUCUGCUGGAACCUGGGACUGUGAUACAUGUCUUGUUCAAAACAAGCCUGAUACAGUAAAGUGUGUGGCCUGUGAAACGGCCAAACCAGGGACUGGACUUAAACCCUCACUGACUCUUCCUUCUGCCUUUUCACCUGUUAAGACCACACCCACUCCCACAGCCCCUGUGUCUACAGGGUUCAUUGGAUUUGGAGACAAGUUCAAAAAACCUGAGGGAUCAUGGGAAUGUGAUACGUGUAUGAUAAUGAACAAGUCCGAGGAUACAAAGUGUGUGGCCUGCAUGACUGCUAAACCAGGAGCAUCAGCAGGAUCUUCAGUGGGAGCAGGAGAUUCAGCAGGAGUUUCACUGGGAGCAGGGGCAUCAGCAGGACCUUCAAUGGGUGUGGGAGAUUCUGCAGGAGCUUCACUAGGAUCCACGUCUUUACUCGGCUCUGCUUCACUGCUGGGAUUUGGAGAUAAGUUCAAGAAACCAGAGGGUUCCUGGGAGUGUGAUGUCUGUCUUGUACAAAAUAAGGCUGCUGAUGUACAGUGUCUUGCUUGUCAGACACUCAAACCUGGAGCUACUGUGGAGGCCAAAGCUGGUGGGACUUCAGGCUCCACUACAUUUGGCUCUUCUACCUCUAAUUCUGGAGGGUUUAAGUUUGGCACAUCUGAUAGUACCUCGGGAUCUGGAUCCGGAGGUUUUAAGUUUGGAAUAUCUGACAGUACCUCAGAAUCUGGAUCUGGAGGUUUCAAAUUUGGAAGCUCCGUUUCAGAAUCAUCAUCCUUUUCAACAUCAGGUGGAUUCAAAUUUGGAAUCUCAUCAGAAACCACUUCUAAAGACACUACUUCAUCAGGUUUCAAAUUUGACAGCUCAUCUGAGGGCUUUAAAUUUGGGGCUACCUCUAGUGAUGACAAGAAGUCAGACCAACCUGGCACAGGCUCUGGGUUUAAGUUUGGAGUUGGUGAUGGUACAGUGUUUGGAAGUGGAUCAUCUAGCACAGAAAGCAAUGCCUCUAAGGGUGGCUUCACCUUUGGACUGUCUAAACCUGAAGAGAAAACAUCAGACACCACCACCUCAUCCUCGGUUAGUUUCACUACUCCUGUGUCCUCUCUUGGAAAGGGCGACAAUGCUGCAUCAUCAAACGACACCACAUCAGCAUGUACCACUGCAGCCACAACCACCACCACUGGGUCUGUUUUUGGGAGACUGGGUGAGUCGAGUUUGGCAACCACUGCGCCACAAGGGGGCUUUAAAUUUGGUUCCUUAAAGACAGACAAAGACCCAGCAGCUCCCACAUUUUCCUUUGGCAAGUCAGAGGAAAAUAAGGAAGGUGCUGCCUCCUCAGCUCCACCUGCCUUCCUUUUUGGUGUCGCUAACAAGGAUGCAGAUGCUACACCAGCACCAGCCACUACGGGUGGCUUCUCCUUUAGCAAGCCCAGUGCUCCACCACAACAACCUCCACCUCCCUAUCCCUUUGGUAAGGCAGCAGAUAAGAGUGAAACACCUGCUGCUGAGGCUCCAAAGCCCCCCUUCUCCUUUGGACAAAGUGCUACAGCAGAUGCUGGUGCUCCUGCUCCAAAACAACCCUUUUCCUUCAUGGCUAAUAACCCUGCCAACACCACCAACUCCACCUCCACAUCCUCGACCCCGGCUCCCAGUCUGUUUGGCAGCAGUACCACCCAGGCUCCAGCUCCCUCUGCAGCUCCCAGCACUUUCAUGUUUGGUCAGCCUGCCGCUGCAACCUCUGGUGAUGCUCCUCCAGCUAACGCCUUUGUCUUUGGGCAGAGCCAGGAUAGCCAGCCAUCUGCUCCAUCUGCAGCUCCUCUGAAUUCUGCUCCAGCUCCAGCUCAACCCUUUAUCUUUGGUGCUUCUGCCACUGCUGCUGCUCCUCCUGCUGCUGCUGCUGCUGCUUCAUCCUUCAGUUUCGGAGCAGCAGCACCAUCUGCUGCACCAACUUCAGCUCCCUCUGCAGCUCCCUCUCCCUUUGGAUUCGGCUCAACUCCAGCCAGUGGCUUUGGGGCCAACCAGACUCCCUCAUUUGGCUCAGCCUUUGGUUCCUCUUUCACAGCCACGCCCUCCCAGGCUCCUGCCUUUGGGGCCAAACCUGAAGCUGCUCCUGUCUUUGGACAGCAGGUCAACUCCACACCUGUGUUUGGUGCAGCUACUAAUUCUGCACCAGGUGGAGGCUUUCAAUUUGGUGGAGCUGGUGGAUUUGGAGCUGCAAACAACACCUCAGGUGUUUUCACCUUUGGAGUUGGUUCAGCAGCUUCUCCUGCUCCUUCAACCGCCAACCCCUCUAUGACACCACAGUCAGGACCACCUGGAUUCAACUUCUCACAAGCCCCAGCAUUUAAUAUUGGGUCGGCUAAAUCCUUCACAGCGUCUCCUGCUGGACAGCAACCAAUUGCGGGGCGGAAGAUCAAGACAGCGGUGCGUCGCAGGAAGUAAAGCUCAACUAGAAAGCAGACUCGACUUUGACUUGACUUGUAUCCAUACCCACUGAAGGCUGAAACAAGUCCUGGAAGGUCUCAUCUAGAGAAACACUGAAAUUACCAAGCAUGUGAAGAAAGGGCUGAGGCUUGUGGCCAUUUUGUGCUCAUGUUGGAUGGGCGAGGCUGUAGGCAGUGCUGAUUAUUCAGAAGCUUUCACAUGUUGACCAGAACUGUUUAUAUGUGAGACCAUCCCAUUGGACUUGCCAUGAGAAAAAAAACUGUUGACCGGGCGACGACUCUGACUUCAAAAACAACAAUCAAGCGAGGACUCCUCUGCUCGACAUGAAAAACUA